AUGGCCUCUUGGGUCGGCAUGCGCGCCACCGCAACCCCAGCCCAGCUGGACGCCGUGGCCCGCGCCAUCCGCCAAACCCCCAUCAUCGACCACCAUGCGCACCCGCUGCUCAAGCCAGACGCCCUCGCUAAACACCCCCUCCUCGCCCUUACCACCGAAGCGACCGGCGACGCCAUCCACUCUGCUACGACAUCCCUGCCCCAUCUUCGUGCUGUCCGCCAGCUAGCUUCCGUCCUCGGGUGCGGUCUCUCCUGGGAGGCAGUCGUCGCGGCGAUUGAGGACCGCCGCUUGCAGAACCCAGAUGACUGGACUGCGACGUGUCUUUCGGGGAUUGAGACAAUCCUGGUGGAUGAUGGACUGGAUGGUGAUGAUGCGCAGCCGUACUCGUGGCAUGACGAUUUCACGAGAUCGCGGUGUAAGCGGAUUGUCAGAGUGGAAGCGGUCGCCGAGGAGAUCAUACGAAGGUUGGCACGGAAGCUUGGGGAUGAUGGGGACUCGGGAACAAAUGCGCCGGCGCCGGUGUUUGACAUGUUUGUGGAGGAGUUCGAGACGAUGGUAAAGACGGCGUUGGAUGAUCCUGAUGUGGUGGCGUUCAAGUCGGUCGUGUGUUAUCGGACGGGGCUGGGGAUCCCUCUCGCGCCGGAUAAUGAUGCUGCGAGGACAGCGCUAGAUUACAUUGUGCUAUCGACAUCGGCGUCGGGGCUGGAGUUGCAGAAGCUGAGGGAUGAUGCGCUUAACAAUUUUAUUGUGCAUCGGGUAGCCAGCCUGAUAAGGGACAGUCCGUCGAAGCAGAAGAAGCCGUUGCAGUUUCAUACUGGGCUGGGGGAUAACGAUCUAAGCAUGACAAGUGCUUCGCCGUCACAUCUGCAGACUUUCAUCAGGGCUUAUCCUACGGUGCCUAUUGUUCUGUUGCAUGCUGGUUAUCCGUUUGUGCGCGAGACGGGAUAUCUGGCGACGGUAUACGAGAAUGUGUAUGCCGACAUUGGUGAGGUGUUUCCCUGUGUGAGCCAGGAUGGUCAGGAGAGGAUACUCCGUGAGAUAUUGGAGCUGUGUCCGUGGUCCAAGAUCCUCUGGAGUACCGAUGGCCACUGGUUCCCAGAAACGUACCUGCUGGCUGUGAUGCAGAUGCGCGAAGUCUUUGAGACGGUCCUUUGCGACUACGUCCGGAAAGGCCAUAUCGGCUGGCGUGCCGCUGUCGACCUGGUCCGCGACGUGCUCUUCAAGAACGCCAACAAGCUCUACCAUCUGGACCUCGACUUCUCCGAGCUCCAAGAAGACGUCACCGGCGUGCUGCCAGGCGCGUGCCAGACUGACGCCGACCUUCUCCGAACCUUCCUGAAGGACCAGCCAACCCCAGACUUCGUGCGCAUCUGUUGGACAGACUACACAGCGACCCCGCGCAUGCGAAUGGUGCCCUUCCGAAAGUUCGUCACCCUUCUCAACGAGGGCAAGCCAACAGACAUCGGCAUCACGAAAGCCACGCUGGGCAUGCUCCAGAAUGACCUCCUCGUACCAGGCGCCUCCGCUACGGGCGAAUACCGUCUGCAUCCAGAUUUUUCGUCUUUGAAGGUGGGCCCCAUCGACGGGCACAUCAGCAUGCAAGGCGAGUUCCGUGAAGAGAGCGGCGCACGCGUAGCCCUCUGCCCGCGCUCCAUCCUCCAACGCGCAAUCGAAUACGCCGCCGAGCACGGCCUCUCCCUCCUCAUCGGCUUCGAGGUCGAGUUCUUACUCCUCGAACGCACCCCUGAUGCCCAGCACCAAUACACCCCCCUCGCAACAGACGGCCACGCCUGGUCUGUCUCCCGCUACUUCUCCCAUCCCCGGCUCGCAACCCUCCUCCGCGACAUGGUCGCCACCCUAGCCAGCAUGUCCAUCCACGUCGAACAACUCCACGCGGAAUCCUGCCCCGCACAAUUCGAGCUCAUCCUACCCCCUUUGCCUCCUCUCGAAGCAGUCGACACCCUCCUCCACACGCGCGACGUCUUGCAUGCAUUAGCGACCCAAGCAGGCUACAAGCUCACUCUACAUCCUAAACCCUUCCCCCGUGCGUGUGGUACCGCCUCACACAUGCAUUUGUCGAUUCAGAGCCCGGAUGGGGAGAACCCUAACGUAUAUGGCGCUUUCUAUGCCGGCGUCCUUAAGAGGUUGAGGGCAAUUUGCGCGUUUACGUAUCCCACGCCGGCAUCGUAUGAACGAGUGCGUGAUGGGUGUUGGGCCGGAGGGAGAUGGGUUGCGUGGGGCACUCAGAAUCGAGAGACGCCCCUGAGAAAGAUUAGGGGUAGUCAUUGGGAGAUGAAGUGCAUUGAUGGGACGGCUAACCCGUUCUUUGCUGUGGCGGCUGUCAUUUUUGCGGGCGCGAGGGGGGUUGCUGAUCGAGGGAGGUUAGAGGGGGUUUGGGGCGAUUGCGAAAUGGAUCCGGCGGUGAUGUCGGAGAAUGAUAGAGCCGAGAUGGGAGUAAAGGAGAUGUUGCCUGCCAGUGUGGACGAGGCAUUGAGGGCUUUGAGGGGAAAUAAGGAAUUAGUGGAGAUGCUUGGGGAGGAGGUUGUGGAGAGGUACGUGGCGGUCAAGAAAGCUGAGGAGGGGCUGUUGGGGAGGAUGAGCGAGGAGGAGAGACGGGCUUGGUUGAUUGAAAGGUAUUAG